CCCACUUUCAAAUUUAGCCAGAAGCAGCUGUUGCAAACAGAUCCGCGGCUGUCCGAAUCGUUCACAGUCUGGGAUGACAAGGAGUUCAUAGACGAAGUCACGAAAAACAAAACGAAAUUGCAGAACUUCCUCGUGGACUUCGCGGUCUUCAAGUAUUACAUGCUGGAUAAGGUUUUAGAUGAUGACGCUCCGUUACGCGUUAUGUUGGAAACCGUGGAGAUUGAAGAUGAUCGUUCUGCCUCCUUCUCUGCUAUGGUAGACUCGAUUGCGCAAGCCGUGGCGGGCGGCAACGCGCAGUCGUGUCUGUCAGACUACACCGCUGCGGCAGGCAAACGUGUCACCCCCACGACUAUUGCGACGGCGACAACAAAAACUGCAAAAAGCAAGAAUAAGUGGUCAGAAAAACAAGGAGUCAAGUCUGAAGCUAUUGAUCUCAACAGCCCACCGCUGGAGCGUCGCGCCGCAAAGCUCACAAAUUUUUU